AUGUCCCUUGUACCUGGAAAGUUAAACGGACCAGUCCUUACAUCAGAACUUUGCUACUUCGAAGAAGCAAUGUACUUUUUCAUUACCAUAAGAGUCUUGUUCGCUACGAGUGAACGGAAUGAUCAUUUGGAGUCGAAGGUGCAAGACCAGCAGGAUGAGCUGGAAAUGCUUCGAGGCGAAAUUCGACGCCUUCAGGCGCCGCCCUUAACCCAGUUCAAGGUCUACAAGACAAGCUCACAGUCUAACCUUGGCUGGGAUAAGGAGGUCAUUGCCUCGACUGGGCUUGACGGGGUUGUUAAAGUUCUACGCACUGGUGUCUACAACAUCGCGGUGAAUGUUUCGACAUUGGGUGCUGACAAUACACUUGUUAUGCUAGUCAAGAAUGGCGAGACGCGCGCGCAAUUGAUCGCGUCGCAUCUUUCAACAUGA